CACUCAAGCUUUGCUGUACUGGCCCAUAAAGGUGCAGUGCACUGUCAGAAGACCGGACGGAACGAGUCUGCGAGGCUAACCGUCAUCACGGCCAUAGUGGAGUUGCGUGUUGCCAGUGAUACCAGCGGCUGGCGCUGCUGGAGCAGGUCUGGCAGAAAACAAGUUACCACUGUAAUAUAGCUAAAGCUGAAGGCGGUGUCAGUAGCAGUGUGAGUCCCGGAAACAACCAUCACUUAACUGUGCUUCACUGUACUCACUGUAGACCCAUUUAUUUUUGUGUUUUACAUGGUAGGGCAGCCAAAGCGGCAAAGAGCAACGCAACGAUGGCCAAAACGAAGAAAUAAGUGAUUCGUGACGAGGUGUAUCUGUAAUGCAGUAAACUAGCUAGGGGAGAAAGGUGAAGAAGUUACGUGUCAGCAUGAAAAACUAGAUCAAUGUAAAAGUAGUGGACAAUAAUAAGAACGCAUUGGAUAACUAUUGUGACGAACUAUUUAUGUGAAUCGAUGAAAAUAAUAGCAACAGAACGUUCAGCACAAAUUACUUUGAUAAAAAGUAGAAACGUUCCUUUAAGAAUAGAGGACCAACAAAGUUAUCCACGGAAGUAGAAGAGCUUCAAGAAACGAAUAGAGUGAAAAUGGCGGUGUUACUGUCGCGGUUUCAGAAAUGGAUUGUCCACAUUGUGGUUCUGCUAUGUGGCCUCUCGUUAAUUUCACUCCAAGGUGGCCUGUUACCAGGACCUAACGUCUGUAUAAAGACGGUUACGAAGCGUCACAAUGUUAGCCGGGCGGUCAAAGUUCCCUAUGAAGUAAAAACGUACACGUUCUGCGUGCGCAUUCGUUGCGACAAGACUCGAACCGAAUAUUUUGUCUCGUACCGCACGGUGGAGGAGAACUACACCGUCCGAGAGAAUCAUUGUUGUAACGGCUAUCAAGUAUCACUUGAUGGCAAGUCUUGUGUGCCCACCUGCGAUCCGCCCUGCCUAAAUGGCCACUGCACCGGUCCAAACACCUGCAAAUGCCCCAAGGGCUACGGUGGGCUGCAAUGUGAAAUCAACUGCCCGGAGAAUCUGUGGGGACCAUCAUGCGACCACGAGUGCCCAUGCAAAAAUGGUGCAUCGUGCGACCCACUUACUGGUACCUGCACUUGUCAACCCGGCUGGAUGGGAAGCGAUUGCAACACAUCCUGUCCAAAUAAGAAAUUUGGCCACGACUGUAUGCAGACCUGCAAAUGCAAGAACGGUGCUGAUUGUGAUCCCGUGUCUGGUGCAUGCCGAUGUACGGCGGGCUACCGCGGUCCCCUUUGUCUAGAGAAGUGUCAACAGGGAACUCACGGUGAAGACUGCAGUAACACGUGUCAAUGUCAAAACGGUGCCGAUUGUCACGCAGUGACGGGCAAGUGCAUAUGUAAGCCCGGCUGGACGGGCGAAGUGUGCGCCAAUAAAUGCCCCCAAGGCUUUCAUGGAGUAGACUGUAAGGAACGCUGUCCCUGUUACAACAAUGCGGAUUGUGACCAUGAAACAGGGAAGUGCCUCUGCUCGCCAGGCUAUAUUGGAAACUACUGUGAAGACACUUGUCCGACUGGCUAUUGGGGUCAGAACUGCUCGAAGCCGUGUGACUGCCAAAAUGGAGCAACGUGCGACAGCGUCAGUGGAAACUGUGUGUGUCCAGAAGGCUACGCUGGUGAAAAGUGCGAGGAACGUAGCUGUCCUGAUGGCUAUUUUGGAGAAAAGUGCGAUCAAAUGUGCCAGUGUAAUAGCAACAACACUGAACAUUGCCAUUCGAUCACAGGCAAAUGCACCUGCAAGCCUGGUUGGUACGAGUCAAUCUGCGAACGCAGCUGCCCUCACCAAAAGUACGGAGAGGACUGCUCUAAAUCAUGCGAUUGUAACGACUCUUCGUGCGAUCCCAUUACGGGAAAAUGCAUUUGCGAGCCAGGCGUUGUUGGUAAGCAUUGCAACGAGACGUGCCCUGAAGGUCGAUUCGGUCAGACCUGCGAACAUAAAUGCAAUUGUUUGGGGGGUUCCGAUUGUCAUAAAGUAUCUGGAGCUUGCGUUUGCCAAAAUGGAACGUACGGUGUCGCCUGCCAGUUGAAAUGCCCGGCCGGAAAGUACGGCACAGUCUGCUCUCAGACAUGCCUUUGUGACCAUGGGGGUGAUUGCAAUCCGGUGACUGGAGAAUGUCGUUGUCAGCCUGGCUACCGGGGGACCCACUGUGAGCAAAAAUGUCCGGAUGGAUACUACGGCCACGAGUGCAGACACCUCUGCCACUGUGAACGGGCAAACACUGUGGGCUGCGAUAACGUUAGUGGGGCAUGCAAAUGCAAAGGCGGUUGGAAUGGGGCUCGCUGUGAAACCCGCUGUGAACAGGGUCUUUACGGCGAGAACUGCGACAAGAUAUGUGAAUGUCAACGAAACUCUCACUGCGAGCAAACAAGUGGCGACUGCUAUUGCCAACGUGGGUACACAGGUGAACGAUGUGAGACUCCUUGCGCUUUUGGUAAAUUUGGGUUCAAUUGCAACCAGGACUGUCCAAAGUGUCUCAACGCUAAACCAGGAUGCAAUCAUGUAACCGGAAAAUGCGAAUGCUUACCGGGGUGGACUGGCGCUCUAUGUGAGAAACCUUGUCCUGAAGGCACGUUCGGCGAGAACUGCAACGAGAUCUGCAAGUGUAACAAGCGUGGGGAUUGCGAUCCCAUAAAUGGGACGUGCUUAUGCGGACCUGGUUGGCUCGGCACCAACUGCAAUGAUCCGUGUCCUGAUGGUUUCUUUGGUGUAGGCUGUCGCCAACGAUGCAGUUGCCGCAAUGAUGCCAAAUGUCGGGCCACAGACGGCGUCUGCAUCUGCCGCCCUGGUUGGACUGGGAGCCUAUGCUCUGCAGGAUGUCAGAAUGACAUGUACGGUGAUGGCUGCAGCGAGCCAUGCAAGUGUCGUGACGAUACGGAGGUAUGCCUGCCAACUCUUGGCUGUGUUUGUCGAAUCGGUGAGACGAACCAGCAGUGCGUACAACGACCACAGGCCGAUUCGUACACAAGUGAUCACAGCGAAUCCGGACAAUUCGGCACUGUGACGGCUAUCAUUCUACUGUUGCUCAUAGCUCUGGCAGUGCUCUACAUCGCUUUCUACUAUAGACGAGUGGUCAAAAAUCUCAAGCUGCAGUUAGCAGUUCACUACGAACCACAAGAACGUAAUGGGCAGGAUUGUGGCAAUCAGUCGUCGUUCCAUAAUCCGAUGUACGACUUUGCACCAACGCCGCAGAAGCAUCCCGAAUCGUCGGUUAAGGUUCUCAGUAAGGGCCUGAUAGUUACUUUACCAAAGCAAAUGAACUGGGAAAACGAGAAAAUAGCACAAUUCGAUAAAAUGAAGCCGUCUUGCAGCAGCUCAGUAGCGCUUGAGGACAAAAUAAAGCAGGCCGAUCUCGUAGCUGAUGAGUACCAGAAGCGCAACGAUCUCGACUAUCGGCCAAACAUCUACCAGGAUAUCGAGGAUAUCAAAAUGGGCAGCAAAGAACCUCUCUACUCAGAACCCAGCCCGAAAAUUCACAAUGAUGGUUUCGAGGGAAAUGACAACGGUAACUCCUGGCUUCCGCCGCCCAGCAUCCCGGCUCCCGUCGCCACUCUUCCAAAUCUGAGUACCCUACCAACGAACACAGCCAAUUUUGGCUUCGUGGCUUUGGGGGGGACAGCGACCAUGACCUCACCGAACCCUAUCACCGCGCCAAGCACCGCCACCUCGGCGUUGAACAAUCCGUUCGCUACGUCGCCGCUGCCGCGGGACGAAAAAGAGCUACUCAACGUCACGCCGCUGCCGGCGCAGGAUGUCAGCUCAUUGACAUUUAGAGAUCGGCGUGUUUCAGCCAGCGGAAGUGGAAGCAGUUCGGGCAAUGAAAGCGCGAGCCCCGCGUACGAUCACCUGGAUAGAAAUCCCCCCCGGACAGACGUUCAUCCCGGAUAUCACCAGAUGUGUAACGGAAAUGGAAAUAACAAAUAGGAGGUCUGCCAUGUCACGACUUCGACUCACUGCAGGACUAUAUAUAUGCCGAAGAGAAUGUGAUCCACAAGACCCCCUUGAAUCGCACCGGCGAUGUGUUCUGUGACUUGUUACGCUGUGCCGACGUCAGGACAUUAUCAUCGCGAAGACUGCGACUUUGACUCAAAGAACUGCGCGAGCAGAAGCAAUGCUACUUACAUAUGCCGUUAGCUCUUAAGCAAGAUCUCAAACUAAGAACAACAAGUAAGCAAUGUAUAUGCAUACAUCUUGUAAACACUUUCAAAAUGAGCUGGAGGUUAUGUUGUUAGGGUGACCAUGAUGGCUGCAAGUAAAAGGCUGAAUGUGGCGAUGAGCGUCCGCAUACACAUGGUUUCUUGCAAGAGUUCGGCGACGACCUUCUUGCCUAGCGGUAAACUUGGAAAAGGGUGCUUGCGACCCUUGCGUUAAGUCAUGAUAGCACCAGCAAUAAAUAUUCACUUCUACUAAAAUUAAAGACAAUGGCUGACGUGUGCAGAGUAUCCUGUAUAUAAGAAUGAUUUUUUUUAUUAAGUUUACUGUAAAAGUAUUCACUAUAAUUAACUGGCACAUAUUUUAAGCAUCUAUACUCGGUCAAUGCAAAUUUAACGAGCAGCCACACUAAAUUACGAAGUUCAAGUUUUGGUGGAAAUUUCUCCCCCAAACCAAAUUACAAGCUGAGCGUGAUAUGGAAUAUUUCACAUAUACAUGAUGUCGGAAAAUUUUAGUUGGCGCUGGCUACUUAAACCAAUAGUACGAGCCAUUUUUAAAAACUAGGAAAAGCGGAAGUGCUUUUCGAUGAACCACACACAGCUUACUAAUCUAAACCCUCAAAAAUGAUAUCCCCAGGUAGAUUUAUAUUUUUUUUUUUACCAAGCAGAAAAAAAUAAUCCUAUUUUUUUUUCUUUAAGGACGAAUGUUGUAGCUUGAAGAGUAAAAUUGCACCAGUUUCGACUUAGUUUUACCCGUUAAGGUGUGCUCUGCCAAUUCAGGAGCAGAGGUAGUCGCAAGGUUUUAGGUCAGUUAGUCUGGCGGUAAACUGCGUCCAUGGCUAUGCUGAACAGCGAUCUCAAAGGUAUUCAGGGCUGCGCUGGCGAGGAAGAAUGGAUGCCUCAAAGCAGUUUCAAGGCUUCAUCCCCUAACCUAGGAGUCGAGGCCUACGCAUUUUUAUCAACAGAGAAUGUCUUACACUAAUUGCUCUUCGGGUACGCUUUAGCCUUUCCGCAGUCAACUUCGUUAGAGAAAAGUCAGGUGUGUCCAGUAAUUGUCGCGGUUUUUGAAUGCACCGCCAUGCAUAUGCGGCCAUCGCUGUUCUAAAAUUUAACUUUGAAAAAUGGUUACAACGGCAUAACGCCAUCAUUCCGUUUUAUAGGUCUAUUGAAGGAGAAACUAAAUAAGGCUAGCAAGACUUACAUAUAACCACAAAAGAUAGUAGUUAACAUCGGAGUUGACACUUUGCAAUAUAAGCCACCUCUUCUCUGUAGAAAACCAAAAUGGAUCCAGAUAUGUCGUGGGUCCCUCCCUGGAUGACCGCCGCAGAAAUAUCUCACAACUAAUAUUCAGCUAUAAGCAAAAAAAAAAAGCAGGUAAAUUCGGUGGGCGCAUCAAUCACAUUGCGACUUUGCGAUCAACCUUUUGGAUCAACCUUACGAGUCGUAACCAAAAAUAAUUUUACUGUCUAAAAAUACGCACGAUUUUGCGAAUCAGCCAGUGCAUGAAAAAUUUAUUUUCGUAGUCCGUGAAAAGAUACUUAAUUAACACAGAGGUUAUUCUUUUUAUUGAAUACAAAUAUUCUCUUAAAGUGGAAUCUAAUGGAUGCCAUUCCCAAAUCGCCAUGUUCUGCGAAGAUAAGGGCGUUUUCCAAUAUUAUCUGGUGGUUACCAAACGCAAAACGUCUUUCUAAGUCAACAGCAUAUUCGAGACGCAAGCUCUAUAAUCACAAUAUUUUUUUGAACUCAUCAUUGAUAGCUGUGCCUUAAAAAGCAGUACGUUUUGGCAUUGGGUGUCUCUGAAUAAAAAGGUAACGUCAAAAUAGAAGCACUUUACUUCUACCAAACUAUCUUGUUUAGAACGGGCUUGGUAGUGAGCUGUCCACUUUGAUAGAUCCUUGAAUAUAGUACCAUACGUCUGUUAUGGAAGGUUAUGUUGCAAGAAGAAAUUAAGACCACAAAACCAUUACGCAUGCUAAAUUAAGUCUACGAGGCUAGUUAUACGCUAUGGCGAAUAUUGUUUAUACAGAAUUUGUAGAAAUCCGUCCAACUGUCCUCCUCUAAGUUUCAAUACAUACCACUCAAAAGAUAUUCGACGAAAACUUUGUUAAAAUGCAAUGUUAAAUAGUCAAAAUGCAAUGAAAUGGCAUCAGCAUAGAGACGACACCGAUGCAAACAUUUAGUUUUCUUCAUUUUGCUGCCUGAUCGUUGGCGCUAGGAUGAGGAUAGUGAACGGAUUUGUCCGGCGAUCGCAAAAGCACAGAUGAUUGUGUUUUCAUAGCUAGUAGAUAUGCCUGUAAGUGUUUAUAAGCGCCUGUACCGCCCAAGUGAUAAGCUAUACGAUGACGAUAAGGGGAAUGCAUAUAUGCCAGGCUAUGUUGGACAGUACUGUGAUCAAACUUGUUCCGCAGGACUGUGACUGCGAAAGACAAUGGAAUUGUCCUAAGGUAAUCAAAGUAUGCUUAAAAUGGAAACAGGAAUUUAGACACAAAAUGUCGGGUACAGUAUCCUUCGAGAGAAUACGUGACGCGUCAAGAGAAUAAGCGAUUGCAAGGUCAAAUAGGACAUACAACACGAUAUGAGAGUCACUGCCCGCACGGUUAGCAGUGAAAAAUGUCAUUGUAACCGGGAGCCAACUUGUGACGAACGUAGCUUUAAUUGCUGUUGUCAACAUGGUUAUACUAACCAACAAUAUAAGUAAGGCGACUUAUUUGCAAGAAUGCAUUUGACCCUGAGUGUCAGAACGACUGUCAAAAACCAAAAUGUAGAUGCUUAGCAGACUGGACAAGUAUAGGACGUGCGCAUCCGUGUUCCGGGGGAACAUGUGGCUAAUAUUAUGCCAGCCACCGCAAAAAAAAAAAGAGAGAUUUUCUGAUCCAGUUGCAGAUGCGUCCUUACGCCGAUCCGGUCAACCUGCUUAGUGCCGUGCGCUAAUGGCUAGAUGGGCGUCGAUUCAAUGUGCGAUCCAUGCAGUUGUAUCAGGGAUGGUUCGGAAGUCGGUGUUCGGUCAAAAGUUAGGGGACAACUGUUGUAAGUUGUGCAUGUACGGUAAUAAGAUCAAGAUAUGCCCAUCGACAUAUUAGUGGAUUUGCCGGCUACGUGUACACGAUACGAACUGUUCGACGCAACUUUUUUUUUUGGUAUCUUUAGAUGCCAGCGGAGGAAGGUGCAGGCAGAUUGAAGGAGUCAAUCUGACCACGAAUUACGAUUAUUUAGAAGAAGAUCGUCGUUGAACGAGUUUACAUUUGUAUUACAGAAAGAAUGCAUUUCUGUACAUCAGCUGUGAGGGUACAGACGUCAAGGUAUCCGUCUACCUGUGUAAUCAAAAUGAAUUAGAUUUUUUCAAUCUAAAAAUAAAACACCAGAAAAAGAUGGUUUCCGACUCGUAUCUAAAUACGUAUUGACUAAUCACAGCAUUAAAAAAAAAACAACAAUAAUUCGUAAAAAUAUAGAAAGGCAAACAUAUUGACAACCGAAACAAACUUAUUGACUAGUAGCAUAAGUAUUUUUAUGCACCCGUUUCUAGAAUGAUCUAAAAAGGAUGUGAAAAUUUAGAAUACACAUGUGCCAAGCAGGAUGCGGCUCCAGAAAUAUACUGUGUAAGGCCAAGCGUAUCUGGUUAUCGGCCGAGUUUACUGCAAGCGUACAUGAAGCCACAAUAAAAGUAUCUGUAGAGAUCAGGGCCAAAAGGUUAAAUUGUUCAUGCGAAUUUUUGAUCUAUGGGAAAGUUCCCUUUUUUUUGUAAACGCAACCAUAAAAUAUCCUCUUCCGUAUUGCGGCAGCUGCGGAUUGUAACCGUAAAAAGAAAGCAGUAACAAUAUAGGUAAAAAUAGAAAAUAAGAGACGAAAUUAGAUAAUAACAUGAAGGCGUAAGUCAAAUAUUACUGGAAGCGUUUUACAGUGCGGUUUUAUGUAAUAGCGAACCGAAUCAUACAUCAAACGGCCUCUAGUAACUAUAAACAUCCGUCUAAAUAUUUAUUCGUCGCGGUUUUGUACAAAUUCCGUCCUACGCAAAAAGACGAAACAAGCGUCAGUCAACUUAGCCAUAGUAGAGAAUAGUAUUAUUUCGGGUGUUUAACUUCGCACAAGAUAUAGCAUUUUUAUUAUGUUUCAGCAACAGUAAAUGUCCAGUGGAAGCGCGCAAUAGCUCAGCUAAGUAGUAUUAUCAUCCAUUCAAUAGAUACUGGCAAUGAAUCUUCGGUCACGUAUCAACUGAUCGAUUCUCCGCACUGUUUUUAUUAACAGUUCAGUGGAAAGGCUUUUAACGUUCUAUGAACGUCGUUUACGUCGAUAAACAGCCAAUUCUUUUUCUAAAACAAAUGCAGAAAAGUAACGCAUUCUAUCUAAAAUGCCUAAUGGAUGAAGUGUACAUGAAGAACGUUUCUGUGUACAGUCAUGACAUACAAUCGUUAAAAACGUGGUCAGCACCCAGGCUCGCCUCGCCGGAUCCAUCGUCCUUGAUAAAAACAUUUUGCAAACGCUUCGCCCUAAGAGUUUCGUAGUACAUAAUGGUAGAGAUGUGCUCUGUGACAACGAACCCAUAAAAGUCGAACUUCUUUUGACAGUAGCACACAAACUAUUGAACAAGUUAUUGACCACAGAGUAUUGUCGACAGGCAGAUCAGGACAGAACCGUAACAAAAUACUUACACCAUAUAAAAUAGUGACUUCAUGUGGACAAUGGCUUAAAGGUAAGCUUGUCUUGCCCAAAAAAAAACCUGAAAUCACCAUCUCCAAACCCAAAGCAUACGCUGUAUCUCUUGAUAAAUGCUCAAGGUGACAAGCUCUGUUCAUCCCGCUCCGGAUUGAUACUGCUGGUGAAAUAUUCUUGAAAUUAUACCUGUGAACAACAGAAACUUUGUCUCUGGACUACCACAAAAAGUUCGACGGUGUUUAAGUUAAUAUUAUUAAUGUCCUUAAAGAGAUUUCUAGCUGAACAAAACGCAGCUAAGAAAACAGCUAAAGCUCCUAUUAAAAGAAAUCGACUAGUUGGCCACUCUUGAUCGUCUGCUUUAUUCAGCCUUCGUAAAGGAGUCGAGUAUUUUCAAUGCUCGGCUGGUUUCUCAAGCCAGGAAUGUGAACUUUUUGGGAGAAGCCACACUCCCAGUUGUAACAGCUGGUUUGAUUUAGUUAACCCUAAAACGGUGGAAGGGUAUACUACUUUGUAGUUGUUUCUAGUAAAAUCGGCCACUUAUAGUUAAAAUUGAUCACGAUAACGAGGCAAAAGGCUUGAGUUUUAAACUAGUUUUUUUAUCCAGAUCCCGUUUCGAAUGCAGUGUCAGGUGCAAUAUCGUUUGGUAGUGAAAAUAAGAACCUUAUUUGACAGUGCGAUACCGAACACAGGGACAAACAUGACCGACAAACGGUCCUGCAAGUUUAAAUGGUACGACGCGAUCUACGAAUGCAAUUGUCCUCGCAGAACCAUAUUGUUGAAAUACUUGCAACUGCUUAAUUCAUAAGUUGUGCGACUUUGUCAGCGGAGAGUGCAUAUGUGAGAGACAUACUUGUACUGCAACAAAACGUGGCGCGCAGCGACAUUCCGGAAGGCUUAUGACAGCAGGUGGAACUGCUAUAAGAUAUGCCAUUGUGGCUAGGAGAGCGACUCUGACUGAACUGACGGCCUACGCACUCGACCACUAAGGCAGAGCACUAUAGCCAACCAUGCGGUAGAGAUAUCUGCGGAUUUCAAUGAAGCUAUAGAUGUACCAUUGCACCUGUAAGAAAGUUGAACGUUCAGAUGCAAGAUCGGCUAAUAGGGAGCUUACUAUGAGUCCCGCUCUCCAAGAGGUGGCUUUGGCAAAUUUUGCAGUGCAAUCCAUCAUACGCAAAAUUUUGAUGAACUUACCAACAUUUAUGAUUGCUAAAAUGGUUUAUGGGCAAACAGUACAAGGUCAUACAUCCGUACAACAAGUGCGACCUAUUAUACGGCAUCAAAUAUCCCCUGUGUCUAAUCUCUAAGCCCAGCUACCAUCACAUGACAGAAAGACGCGACUGCUUGCUGGGUUAAACGAGGGCACUAUGCAAAGGAGCUCAACCAAAACUCUAUUAGCUUAUGCAAACGCAGUGUUUUUUAAGCUGACUGCGUUCCAGCUACAGGGCUUUGCUUAUGCAGACCCCGUUGUGCUCCAACGAGUGAAAUGUCUUCGAACGGCCAUUCUGACGUCAAUUACGAAUAUGUGUGCGAUUGGAACUGGAUUGACGGAACAAGCUGCCACGCAAAUGAUAGGGCACGCACCAGCUAACCAGGACGUAUCGGAACUAGAUAUUAUAUACAUAACUAAUGAGGUAGUGCUUAUAUUAGUUUGUACCAUGUGACCCUAAUACUGAGAUAUGCUUUUCAACGCUAGGCAGCGUUCGCCGUUUUUGUGAAAAUCGCGAGCUAGAAACUAGGAAAGGUUUCAAAAAUGAACCUAAAAACGGAAGUGCGCAUUUAGACCCUUUGCCCUUAACAGACCCUGACGAUAUUAUCACCACCACCAUAUUACUGUUAUGAGCUGCGUGUAAGGGCUGUGUUCUUGCCGUUACACGGGCAAUUCAUAUACGGGCACACGUAGCAAGGGCUUUCCAGAUAAUGCUAGCCUACUCUAACGGCCAGUCUAGAGAGCUUACAGCGCAUAUUGUGAGCACUGUGUCGGCAUGGUUAAUGAACAGAAACAAAGAAUUCUUAAUGACGUCAUAAAAUUCACCGUAUUUUCGUAAAUAAGGAUGAUCUCGACAAUGUUAGAGGAGCUCAUUUUAUAACCAUAUUUGUUAUAAAGAACUUGUACCAGAUAUUCUGGGCAGUCGCUCGCCGAUUAUGUCGCAACUAGGCUUUAAUUGGACCCUAGAAAGAGUACAUGCAGUGUGUCCUACCUUUAUAUGAAGUAUGAGACCUCACGCUUUCAAUAUCAAUAAAACGUACCAUUUUUAAUCUAACCAUGUGCAGUGCCACUGCUGAUAUCUGUGCGUCCAUCUGUCUGCCAAAAAUGCCAGUUUUUUGAACAUUGGCCGACAAGCAACUCGAUUCCGGAAAGCGAGGGAGUUUUUUUUCUGUCGUGCUGUCCACACCACGUAGGACUAGGUUCCAAGUCGCAUUGGAGGCACCAUUUCACCGGUUAUGCGCAGUCUUUAUGCCCGAUGAUGGACGAACUUCGUUACUAUUAUUAUAUUAGAAUAAACGAUAAACCCCACCUAAGCCCCAGUACUCGUACUUGAACUUAUAUAACACUACCGAAACGGGAAAUCCAACCACAAUCUGUGUUUGGUUGUGUUUCGUACUUACAUUAUCUACUAUGGUCUCUUUCACGAUGGAGCCAUAGGCGGACUCCAUACUGGCGUUAUUUACCGCAGGUCGUACAAAUGACACAAAUCGAUUGUUUACCUAUUGAUUACACUUAGGUUCGACGAAUAUAUAACAAAUAGAAUUACUCUUAUCAUCAUACGUCGCACCACAAGUUCGUAAGUGUUUCUAUUUCGAAAAUUUUUUGCUUUAAGUCAUCUAUAGAAUUUCACUUUCGACUCGAUUUUUCUAGAAUAUCAGUACAUUUCAUUUUCUGAAUUCUACAACUUUUUUGAUGCCACCAUUUUUGGUUCGUUUUUAAAAAACCACUUAACUCAUGUUUCCGUUUUUCAAACAAAGUCCAUGUUGCAUGUGGAAAAAAAGUUCUGGUUUCUAGAAUAUGUUUAUAGAUCAGCAACUUGGACUAACAACGGGCAAAUUGUACUGGUCAUACUGGCGGCGUUUCAACAGGACUCAGAGGCGUCGUGUAUUGGUUAGUCUGGCUCGAUAAUAUCAUGACGCGACGGCACCAAUAAUCUAUCAAAAUGUAAUGAUAAUCAGCUCACCAGAUGCCAUGGUUCGACUCCCCAGUGAGACUUAGAGCAUGUCGAAAAUGUCUAUCGUAGAGAAGUAAGCGAUUAUGUUCAGUAAAACAGUCAACCUAAUCAGAAGAAAAUCAACUCAGUUACUUGAAAUUCCCAUUUUUGGAGAGAUUCGAUCAUUCAAAAGGGUCAUCGGAUAGCUCUUCAUAUCGUUGAUUAACUUCUUACUGCUUCAGAUUAUUGCUCAGUUUGUUGUGAUCUGAGCAGUCGUGCGCGCAAAGAAACCUUUUCGAUCUGGUAUUUGUCUUUCUCGACAAACCUUGGCUUUUGGUACGUUUGCUUAAUAUUUUAAUAAUUGCUUUUCUGCAACUUCUGCACUUGCCUAUCUUUGCAUUUUGUGAUAUCUGGUUGUAGUUUGCUAUUGUUCUUGCUAACGAUCUGCAUAUAAUGCCACUAAAAAAAACGAAAUGUUAUUCCCACAGCUUACAAUAUCUAUAUACGUAAUUAACGCAGCUGUUUAAAUUAACACCAACAAUUAAAUAAGGCUUUUACGAUAACGUCGAUAGAUCCAUACAAGCUGAAUGCUUCUACACAACUACCACGCGCGAGCAGACGCAAUUUGCAAGUAGUUAACCUAUAUGUUAAGAGCGCAAACGAUCUAGCUAAAAGAGAGAGGCGUGAACUAUUCGGGCGACAUUUCUCCUUCUGCGACUGCUAUAUAUAUAAAUAUAUCAGGAAGAAAUAUAUUAUUUAUCGAGUAGCAUAAUCUGCUACGUUUGUCACGUUCACGUUGACUCACUGUCUGCAGUAUAGACGCAAAUAUUGCCUUACAAUCAACACUCACCCAGUAAGUGCUCGAUAAGAGUGUGACUUCGCCGGCAACGUUCAUUAUUUAUGCUCACACAAAUGUUUAUUUUUAUUAUAUUAGGGUGGAAAAUGGCCAAGUUAAAAUCACCCAAAUAUUGCACGUUGGUUGUGAGGUGAAAACACAUAUCAUGACGCAGAACUUUUUGGCAUGGUCGACCAUGUUACCUUCAAGAUUUUUCAAAGAUAGGUCCUUUGGCAAAUCUCAAAAACGCACUGGCAUGCGCUGCAAUAAUUUUGUUUGAGUGGAGCUAAAUAUUCAGGUAGAAGAAUUUUUUUCGUAUUAAUUUUUACCGUUUUUAGUUACUACUACUGUAUGAACAAGUGGUGAGAACCAUUUCUUUAGUACAGCAUCGAGGACCUGUCCUCAGUAGAACGUCUAGGGGGGAUUGGUCUUGCUAGACUUCUAGAGUUUCUUUGACACACCUAUAAAACGGCAUGAUAACUAUAUAUGCCAUGGUAAUUUUUUGCCAAGGCUGAAAAUCAAACCAGCCAGAGCCGCAUGUUCAUAAUUAUUAUGGCUGUGUACUGCGAAAAUGCGCAUUAGCAACUAAGACCACGCUACCCUUAGAACAUUUUUUACAGAUCCGUUGUGGUAUAUAAAUAUGAAUAUUAUUACCAAUUGCAACCAACGAUAUGUUUGCUUACCCUGAGUAUCAGGUCCAAUUUGCCUGCAACUAAAUACCAGUUAAUAAUGAGCAUCCUUUACGCUCAAUUCUUGUCAUAUAUUGUUACCUGAAGGCGGACAAAUAAGACACCUGCGUCUGCUUUGAUGAAGGCCGACUCUAAGUCGAGAACGAGAACGCAAUAAAAGGGCUGUGGAAGGUGCCAUUGCCGCAGUGGCGGUAAGUGCCAGCCCAUAACAGAAUGUGCGAUUCAAUCGCUCGGGAUCGAUUAAUUAUGUAUGUAGGACUGUCCCUAGAACUUUGACGGGGCUGAAUGCAAAAAUGCUUACCACAAAGACAAUGGUACAGACUACAACAAAAAAACAGGCCACUGUGUAUGCUCAUUUUUGCUACUUAAGCUGGAAAGGCCAGAUCUCUAACAAGCGCUUCAGACAUACGCAUGUUGGUGUCGUCUGGGCUCAGCUUUGUAACUGUAACGACAGAACCAAGUGCCGAGCUACAAGCAGUAUUCUCCCGCCCAUCAGUGUCACACAGGUGUUUGUUAUUAGCAGUUAUUGACAUGGCGGUAUAGGAAACAGCAAGCAAAUUCGAACGAGAUUUAGUUGCUGCUCGCCGGCAAAAUAAUUUAACCGAAAGCUACAUAAACGAGGUCGAUAAUAUUCCACAUUUAUUACAAGGAAUCAAGGAAAGAGGGACGACAACGAAGCCUAUUGGCAAUAGCACAACAAUUAAAUUCUACAAUAAUAUGCUAAAUAUUGAUUAGAAAAAGACCACCACUCAUUAUUCAGUUAAUCACCCUCGAUUAGCACAAUAUCCUUCGAAAUAUUUAAAGGGAAAAUAGGGUAGCCGUGGAACAAACUCACGAAAGUACUCUCGGAACGGAAGGUGCUCUCGUAACGAUAGGAAGCUGAUCUCUGCUGUUCGCUCAAUAUAUACUAGAACGCUGGCCGUAAAGGAGCAACUCUUAAGCAGUUUCUCAACCAAAAGACGGUUUUGAAAGUACAAAUAUCCAACACUACCGAAAUAUCCAAAGCUCUGGGAAUUCGACCCGGCUUUCGGCACUUUUGCGUCUAAAAGCUGCCGAUCAACAGUUCACGUCUUUAGCAUUGCCUCAA